CGGCGAGUCGAGCCGUUAAUCGAGUUCAGCUUGCACUCGGAGUCUGUAUCUCAGCUAAGCAUACAAGAUGACUGGUCGCGGUAAGGGAGGAAAAGGAUUGGGAAAAGGAGGAGCGAAGCGUCACAGGAAGGUUCUUCGCGAUAACAUCCAGGGUAUCACCAAACCGGCGAUCCGUCGUCUGGCGCGUCGAGGCGGUGUAAAGCGUAUUUCCGGCUUGAUCUACGAGGAGACUCGCGGUGUGCUGAAGGUGUUUCUCGAAAACGUCAUUCGUGAUGCUGUCACCUACACCGAGCACGCGAAACGAAAGACCGUUACCGCCAUGGACGUCGUGUACGCUCUGAAACGCCAAGGCAGGACCCUGUACGGCUUCGGCGGAUAAACGAAGAAACAGUGCGCAUUCCUCCAAACCAAUCGGCCCUUUUCAGGGCCACAAAUCAUUCAAACGUUUGGGCAAUUCUCAUUCGCUAUAUUUUCUACAAGCAUGACAAAAGGAUUCUUGACGUCCCUGACAUGAAGUUCGUGCAGUGAAUGAAUGAAAGUGAAACUUGAAUAUUCAAGGUUGUUCGUCAACUGUGUUCUUAUGCUUACAAAAUCAUUAGUCGAUAGAUGUAUAUAUCAAUGGCUCAUUUAAUCAACUAAUUAGAUGUAUGUGUAACGUUAAGUCAACGAAAAAAUGUUAGAUUUACAUUUCGUAUUCCUCAAGAAUAUGUAAACCAGUUUCGUUUCCUCAAGGUUGCUUUCUUUUACACUUCAUUAAAUUCCAAAAGUAAAAACGAAGCAUCGAUGAAUCAGUUCACAAGCAUCAUACGCGAAAUGAAUAUUCUGUAUUUGUGUUGUAUGAAUUAAAUAUUUUAUAACACAAUUCUAAAGUGAAAGUCUCUAAAAGAGGGAGCAUAGUUUUUCUAAAAGGAAUGCAAUAAUUUUCUGAUACAUGAUUACCAAAAGUCAAAAGUUCCUAAUUUGGUAAGAAUAGAUAAUAUGAAUGUUUCCAUAACCACUGCUUCCCGAAAUAAAUGGAUAUUGCAUGAUAUAUUCAUACAUUAUUAACGUUAAUGGGAAAGAAGAGGCAAAAGAAAUUUGAUAUUACAUUAAUAUAAAAUUAACAUUUUUUUACAUAUCAAGCUCUGUAUGUGUAGUCUACAUAUUUUGUUACUGUAGAAAAAAAUGUGUAGGCUAUUUUGUUUAGUAUUGAUGCUAAAAGGAAUGAGAGAUAAGAUUCAAAUUCUUAUUUUUUGUCAUGCUCUUUGGCUUGUACUCUGAAUUCUUUUUUAGCGAUAAAUGAGCCUCUAAAAGUAACUUAUAACUAGUCAAAAAGCUUAUAAACUACUUUUAGUCAUUUAUUGUUAAAAGAGACAGGAUACGAACCUUUGUGUUCUCGAUUCUAAAAGUUUCUAAAAGUUUUAUGACUUUGAGAAUCUCCCUGCACACAUGUGAAUAAUCGCGUAAUUCUUUAUAAUGGAGAAAUAAAAUGUCCCCGGAUUUUUAAACGUAGUAUCGUGUUAAGUCCAACACUCAUUCACGAGUGAUGAGUCAUAUGAGUAUUGUAAAUUUUAUCAAGGUUUAGCUUAUUUUUCAUAAACACGUUUUUACUAUAGCUGUGCACGUUUGCUGCCAUGCGUUACUUUGGUGUGUAAUGUAUCAUUUAUUCAAACGAUG